AAUAUGCAUUCUAAAGUUGCCAGCACUCUCCUCCAAAGGUGUAACUUUUACUCUUGCAUUUUUAGCUUGAAGAGGAAGAUUUGCAACAUGCCACCGGUAGCAACGAAGACGUUUGAUUACUUGGUGUUAGGGGGAGGAUCAGGAGGAAUUGCCAGUGCGAGGCGGGCUGCUGAAUUCGGUGUUUCUGUCGGCCUGAUAGAGUCCGGACCAUUGGGCGGCACGUGUGUAAAUGUAGGGUGUGUUCCCAAGAAGGUGAUGUUUCUGACUGCAAUGCACUCUGAGUUUAUACAUGACCAACCGGACUAUGGAUACGAUGUGCAGAAAAAGUCCUUCUCGUGGAGUGCCAUCAAAGAGAAGAGAGAUGCCUACAUCAAGAGACUAAACGGGAUCUACUUUGGCAACCUAGAGAGGUCAAAGGUCACCUACAUCAAUGGCUUUGCAAAGUUUGCCGACAAUCGUAGCGUUGUCGUCGACGGGACGUUGUACACUGGCAAACACAUCCUGAUUGCGACGGGUGGAAAGCCUGUUGUUCCUGACAUUCCAGGUGCUGAACAUGGAAUUACCAGUGAUGGGUUCUUUGAACUAGAAGAUCUACCAAAGAAAACUGCAGUAGUUGGGGCAGGUUACAUCGCAGUGGAACUAGCAGGAAUACUGAGUGAGCUGGGAAGUGAUGUAUCUCUUUUCAUUAGAAAGGAACAGGCCUUAAGGACCUUUGACUCUAUGGUGACUGAAAAUAUCACGCAGACAAUUGAGGAUUCAAAGAUGACCCUGGUCAAGAACAGUGUGUCAAAAUCUCUGAAGAAAUGUGAGGACGGUACCAUGACGUUUGAGACAACUGCAGGAGUAUUCAGUGGGUUCGACUGCGUUAUCUGGGCAGUAGGCAGGACACCGAACUCUGACUCACUUGACUUGGAGAAAGUGGGAGUGACUGUAGACGCAAAGCAUAACAUCGUAGUGGAUGAGUUCCAGAAUACAUGCACCAAAGGAAUCUAUGCACUAGGAGAUGUGUGUGGUAAAGCUUUAUUAACUCCAGUUGCCAUCGCGGCGGGCAGGAAGCUCGCUCACCGAUUGUUUGACAACAAGCCGGAUUACAAGAUGAACUAUGACCUCAUUCCCACCGUAGUCUUCUCCCAUCCACCUAUUGGAACCAUCGGUCUCACACAAGCGGAAGCUGAAGCAAAAUACGGAAAAGACAAUCUGAAGAUCUACCAGUCGUCAUUCAACAAUAUGUACUUUGCUAUGACUCAACGCAAAGAGAAAACCAAGAUGAAGUUGAUUUGUGCAGGUCCAGAGGAAAAGGUUGUUGGGCUUCACAUGCAGGGCAUGGCCGUAGACGAGAUCCUACAAGGCUUCUCUGUUGCCAUAACGAUGGGAGCGACAAAGGCAGACUUUGAUAACACAUUAGCCAUCCAUCCAACAUCAGGAGAGGAGUUAGUAACGAUGAGAUAAAGCGGUUCAUUUUCUGUAAAUGGAAGUCAUAUUAUGAAAAUAUAACAUGGUUUGAGGAUGAAGAGUCGAUAUUAGCUCCGGAGGUAUUUUGGAAGUUGGCAAACUAGGGCAAGUUCACACAAGGGCCAAACGCCUGUGUGCUUUGAAGCAGCGUUUUACACCACACACAAAAUCCAAACAGCAAUGCAAAUGGCAGCAACUUGUAACUCAUUUGUAAUAAGGGUUUCAAAGUGUGGUGAAUUGGUUUGAAACUAGUUGUUUAAACCAUCCAGGGCCCAAUUUCAUAGAGCUACUAAGCACAACAAUUUGCUAA